UUGAAAGGAGGUGAGAGCAGAACAUAAUGGCUCAGAGACCAAAGCCUGGAGACCAGAUUGAGAUUUCUCGACUUGGUUACCAACAUUGGGCUAUCUACGUAGGGGAUGGAUAUGUAGUCCACCUGACUUCUGCAGAUGGGGGUAUAGGAAAUUCUCUCCCUAUUCCCUUGUCUGCCAACACAAAAAAAGCACUGGUGAAGAAAGAAAAGCUUUCAGAAGUGGCGGGAAAAGACAACUGGAAGGUCAACAACGAGAAGGACAGAGAAUAUAAAGUCAGGCCUAUAAACGAAAUAAUUAGCAUGGCAAACAAAUAUGUUGGGAUGGAGAUAGACUACAAUGUGAUCAAGAUGAACUGCGAACAUUUUGCCGCCAAACUACGAUAUGGCCAACGUGUCAGUAGACAGGUGUGUAGAAUUCAUUCAUGUUUUUGUAAUGGCAAUCUGUGCUGUGAUAUUGAAAUUCUUUCUAAACUCCUGAUCCUGGAAAAAUGAGGUGAGAUUAAGAAGCAGUUAAUUUACUUUAUUUUUAUGUGGAUUUAAUUUCUAACCCCCAUUUACAAAGAUGUGAAGCAGAACUGAAC